AUGGACACGUUUCAAGGACUCUACCAUGGUGUUCCCCUGGUGCAACAUGCUAUUAUGGUCAUCACACCUGCCCUGUUGCUGCAACUGCCCCCAUCUUACUGGAGAAAGUACGUAGCUGUACCUGUUCUCACAGCGGUGUUCUACUAUGUGUCCACCAUUGCGGUCCACUCAAGCCUGAUUCUGGCGUAUUUCCACGGUCUCAGCGUCACGGUGAAUUACAUCGUCUGUCUGGACCUUUUCCUCGUCAACGAAUAUCCGGAAAAUACAGACUACCAGCCCAAAAAGGAGACGCUCGAGUCUGUCCGUUCAGCACGCAGCUUCUCGCUGAAAAAACUCAAUUGGGCUCUCCGCAGAAGCUUCUAUGUCAUUCGCGGCGUCGGCUGGGUCACAUCUUCCAGAACCAAACGGAACCAGCCUGCUCCGCCGGUCAGCCGCACAAGCUUUAUUCUGAGGCAGCUGAAACUGUUUGUUUGGCAAUUCGCAGCCGUUGUUGUGGGCAAGAUCUACCUGCGGCAGUUCAAGUACUACAAAUUUGAAGGACGCGACUUGGAUUAUCCCAACAUUCUUAGCGAGUCUCCCAGUCUGGUUGAUUUUGUUGGAAACUAUGUUGCUUUGAGUUACAACAUUUUCUUUGGCCUGGACUCCACCUACAGGGUGGCCGUUCUGUUUGCUGUGGCCACCGGUCUCUCUACACCCGAAGAGUGUCCUCCUUUCUUCAAUUUCAGCAGAUUCGGAGAAAGUCCUCCAUUGAAAGUGUUUUGGGGAGACGUCUGGCACCAAUGGCUGUUCAGAAACUAUAGUCUGUGCAGAGGACUCACUGAUAAACUGUUUGGCAACAGCUCUUUUGGGAAAAUCGCCGCGAUCUACCUCACCUUCGUUCUUGGGGGCCUGCUUCACUGGUACGCAAACUUGAGUUUCCCGUGGUUUGCACAGAACGGCCGCCAACCGUACCAUGUGGUGCUGGUCUUUGUCUACUGGUGUUUGACCCUGCGUCUGGAAGACAGAUGUGGCCAACUGUUGGGCCCCCAGCUGGCCAAGCUGCCUAAACUGGUCCGCAAGGUAGCUGCCAUCGGAUGGCUUCUAGUUGUCCACUUCCCGGCCGUUUUUGUGUUUUUUGGCGAACUGCUCCAAGGCGGUAUCGACGAGCCGCCAACUCCAGAAGAGGAACAACAACUGGCCCAGCUGGCCACCUCGGUGACCAACACCAUCUUUGGCUGGAUGACGUAA